GUGAUUAUGGGGACACACGCUGCAAAAACUUGUAUCCACUGCACACACGCCUCUGUACGUCGAAAAGAGUCUCGCGUUGUUUUUCUCUCCUUCGUCCUCUUCGCGGGAGAGACGUUUUAUACACAUCGAUCUUCUCCAGCUUCUCUCUCACUCCUCUUCCUAUACAUCGGUGUACAUUCCUCUUCUUCUUUCGCUGUGCGCAUCUCCGCCUGAAAAUCCGAGGAAUUUAUUGCAGACGUUGCUAUCAAUCCAAUUUUCCCGAACACGUGCGCCGCGAUCCGCCGGGAAAAAACGAUUCAACGAUAACGAGCGCCAUAAUUUUCGGUAAACAGCCUACAAGCGCGCUGCAGUAGGAUAGACCGAGAAUCGUAAUUGAACACGAGCCGAGAGAGUCAGGGCGUAAAAAUGACCCCCGACGGCCUUUAAUGGCAUACAGAGAGAGAGAGAGAGCCUGACUGAGUGAGCUUAGACUCGUUUUAUUACCUCAAGGAUUUAUACGGUCGCCAUUCUUUAAUUAGAGAGAAAUUCGCCCUUUUUCCGACGAUAAUGCCUUAUACAACGAGAUAUUUUACGAGCGUGUCUCAAUCGCCUCGUAUAGCUACACCGCACUUAUGCACACUAUGUGAAAAACUAACCUAUAAAACAUACGUACUUACCAAAUACCAAUUAACGCGUCUAAUCGACCGUGCGCUACUUGCAUAGGCAAACAUGACCAGCCGGCUCCUCCUCGUGCUCGCGCUGCUGGCGGUUCACCUCGUCGACGGCGGGGCAGAUCCAAUUCCAGAGCCCUGCCACAAGGCCGAGUCUAGGGAGAGUCCAGUCUGGAAAUUGCUCUGCGAGCAGCUGCUGAAGAGCGUCGGAAGGAGCAAUGCAUCGGAAGCAGCCGCGGGUGACGGCAAGGCGCUGAAGGGCGGCGUAGAGGGCGUUGGGAGGCAGACUGAGCCCAAGAAGGCGGUGGUGAACGUGAAGCUUCUGGAGGACGUCUCGAGCCCGCAAGAGUCCAACAGCCUCAACUCGCGACAGCACAAGGCUUUCUUCGUCGACUACCCCGCGUCGCAGCGCGUUUAUCAGGACAAGAGCAGCAGUAGCGUCCGGAAGAAGCAGCAGAAAAAGCCACCGAGCAAGAGCAAGAAUAAGAAGCCGGAGAGCGAGAUCUUCUUCAUACGACUGCCUCCCACGCCGUACAGCUACGUGCCAGGCCUGGGCUACAUCUCGCAGCCGCCGUCCUUUUCCACGGCGUCGCUGGCGGGCUCGCUGACGAAGCCGCCACCGCCGCAGAGGAAUACCUUCAUUAAGCUGCCGAUCGAGUUCGUGAGCAACGGCAAGCCCACCGCUGUCUAUCGCUGGCCAUCGCCGGCACCUCCGUCCAAGCAAAAGCCGAGCAAGACUCAUCAUCAGAAGUACAGGCCGGACAGUCCGAUAAUUAAGCUGAACAGGGGCCCGUACAUUUUCGACGGUAGGCCCAAGAGCGUCUAUCUCAUGAAGAGGAAUCCCGCGACGAGGCCUAAUCGAUUCUGAGCUCUCUAUAGUACAUAUUAGGCUGUAAAUAAUCGUUGUGAUUUCUUUUGAUUUAUUCGACUCUACAUUUUUGUUUGUGUUUUUGUUGGUCAGGUCUUGAGAGAGAGAGAGAGAGAGAGAGAGAGAGAGAGAGAGAGAGAGAGAGAGAGAGCAUCAAAAUUAGGAUAAUCGUUGCGAGGUAUGCCGGGAGUGAGAGAGAGAGACAGUAUAAUAAAUUGACGCGCGAGUUCUUUUUCUCUCGGCGAUAAACCAAAAAUUUAAGAGAACGAGAGAGGGAAUCCGAUUACGAGGUGUAGCAGUGUAGCGAGAGAGAGAGAGAGAGAUCCUUUUUCCGAGGAUAAUCGCAGGCCGAUCUUCUCCCGCGGCGAUGUGACUAUAAGAGUCGCCGCGCUCAGUGAGAGAGAGAGUGCAAGAAAGAAGAAAAGGGGCAGCCAGAGAGAGAGAGAAGAGCUCUCGCAUUAUGGGAAUUGAAUGAUGCAAUUUAGAGCUGGAUUGUCUUGCGGUCGCGGAUAAAUCCUGCGUUUAUGCUUUAUUCCAGGGCUCGUAUACCGUAUACCGUCGCGCUUUGAUCCUCUCGCCGUGUAUAAUGUGUGCGUCGGAGAGAGAGAGAGAGAGAGAACUGAUGAUGACUGCGCAAUGGAUAUCAUUGAUUUGUUUGAGGAUCACAGACGCGGACGCCGACUCGGAUCGUAUAUGUCCGUGAGCUUUUUUAUCGCUUUUUCUCUUAUAGUAAUUCAAUUUUGUGAUUUAUCCUGCGUGCAUUUAUAUAAGUAAGUGUAAGUUUACGAAAAUCAAACGAAUAUGUGCUGUACGUUUAUACUGUAUAAGAUACGUAGGAUAUUUAUUGUAUAAGCCAGCGCUCGGCGUACACGUGCGUAGAUUUUAAACUAGAGACCUACGCGAGAUAUUUUUGUACUUUUUUUUAUACGACGACGAUGUACGAUCGCACUCAAGGCGCAUUAUAUACUUGUAAAUAGACGAGAGCAGAGCUUCACA